AUGCGAAACUGGCUGGUGCUGCUGUGCCCGUGUCUGCUCGGGGCCGCGCUGCACCUCUGGCUGCGGCUGCGCUCCCCGCCACCCGCCUGCGCCUCCUCCUCCUCCUCCUCCUCUUCCUCCUCCUCCGGGGCCGGCCCUGCAGAUCAACUGACUUUAUUUCCUCAGUGGAAAUCAAGACAUUAUGAUGUGGUAGUUGGUGUGCUGUCAGCUCGAAAUAAUCAUGAACUACGAAGUGUGAUCAGGAACACCUGGUUGAAGCACUUGAAACAGCAUUCAGAAUUAAGUCAACGUGUGCUUGUGAAGUUCAUAAUAGGUGCUCGUGGCUGUGACGUGCCUGGGGAAGAUCGAGAGGACCCUUAUUCCUGCAAACUGCUGAACAUCACUAAUCCCGUUUUAAAUCAGGAAAUCGAGGCAUUCAGUCUUCCUGAAGGAACUGCAGCAGGGUUCUCUGAGGAUCAAGUUGUCAGUGUGAGCUUUCGAGUUCUCUACCCAAUUGUCAUUACUAGUCUUGGAGUCUUCUAUGACGCUGGUGAUGUGGGUUUCCAGAGGAAUAUUACUGUCAAGGUGUAUCAAGCAGAACAGGAGGAUGCUCUCCUUAGUGCUCGUUUCAGUCCCCCCAGCUGUGGAGUACAAGUCAACAGACUAUGGUACAAACCGGUGGAGCAAUUCAUUUUGCCAGAGAGCUUUGAAGGCACAAUUGUGUGGGAGAGCCAGGAUCUUCAAGGCCUCGUGUCUAGGAAUCUUCACAAAGUAACAGUGAACGAUGGAGGGGGAGUUCUCAGAAUCAUCACAGCUGGUGAGGGAGCAUUGCCUUAUGAAUUCAUGGAAGGUGUAGAGGGAGUAGCAGGAGGCUUUAUUUACACAAUUCAAGAAGGUGAUACCCUUUUACAAAACCUUCAAACUCGCCCAGAAAGGUUUAUUGAUCAUACCAAUAACCUCCGCGAAGAGGAUGCCUUAUUGAAAAAAGAGAGCAGCACCUUUGAUGAUAUUGUUUUUGUGGACAUUGUUGACACCUACCGAAAUGUUCCUGCAAAAUUACUGAACUUCUAUAGGUGGACUGUGGACACAACUAGCUUUGAUUUGUUGCUGAAGACAGAUGAUGACUGUUACAUAGAUUUAGAAGCUGUGUUUAAUAGGAUUGCCCACAAAAACCUGGACAGACCAAAUUCUUGGUGGGGAAACUUCAGAUUGAAUUGGGCAGUUGACCGGACAGGAAAGUGGCAAGAAUUAGAGUACCCCAGUCCUGCUUAUCCUGCCUUUGCAUGUGGGUCAGGUUACGUUAUCUCCAAAGAUAUUGUUCAUUGGCUAGCAAGCAACUCAGAAAGACUAAAGACGUAUCAGGGUGAAGAUGUGAGCAUGGGCAUUUGGAUGGCAGCUAUAGGGCCUAAGAGAUACCAGGAUAGUCUUUGGUUGUGUGAGAAGACUUGUGAAACUGGGAUGCUCUCUUCCCCUCAGUAUUCUCCACAAGAACUCACAGAACUGUGGAGGCUGAAGGAAGCAUGUGGGGAUCCUUGUAAGUGUGAGGCAAGAUGAUGAUCAUUUAAACCUGGCUGUCUGAAGACCUGCAGAGAAGAAAAGAUGAAAGUGUAGAAGGAAAAUUCAGAAUUAUGCUGUGGAACCAGAUUUCUUUCAAGGGGCAUUUUGUUGGUGCUUUCACCUAUAACUGAUGGAAUAUUUCUUGAUAUUUGCAUAGAAAUUCCCCUUUUAAAAAUAAGCAUAUGCUGAAAAAUUAACUUUUUUAUGGCUAAGCAAUUUAAAAAAUACCAUAUUAUAAAGGAACGAAGCCCUUUUAUUUAAAAAAAAUUAAUUACUUAACAGUUUAAUAAUCUGUCCAUUACUUAGGGUUGUGACUUGGCUAAUUGCUCAAAUCAGUUGUAACUGGUAAAGAAAUCCAAGUAGGAGUUCCAAGAGGAAACAGUCUGUUUCUCAGUAGGGAAUUUAGCUUGCCUGCAUUGGGAAUGAAGUGCUGGCAAGUCAUCCCUUGUGGUUACUAAACAGUGAGUGCAGAUCUGGCAGGUAGCUGGAGAGGGGAGUUUGCCCAGUUUGGGACCCUUGUUGUUAAGUAUGUCUCUAAUAUUAGUAGUUACCCAAGUUUGUAGCCUAUAUAUAUUUCAACAGGCAUACAGUAUUGGGUGCUAAUUUGGUCAGCUUCUGUUGAUAAGGGCUAUGAAAUGUCCCUAUUAAGGAAAACCUUCCAUCAGUCAAAAGUAAAGUACUCCUCAGGGUUUUGAUGAUAAUGGAGAAGUAAUUUUCUAAAGAAUAAGUUGGUGCCCUAAAAGAACUAACCUCACUUUUCUAUUUCCUGGGAGUAUUUAUAUCAUCAUGGCUUACCUCAGGCCUAACUAAUAUUCACCUAAAAUUGAGGCAAUCUAGAGCUGAAUUUCAGUCAUAUUUGAACUUCCAUGAAGAUAACACUCUCAACUUAUGUCUAGGCUCAAACCCAAAUAAAAAGCAUGACUUUUUUUUUCAGUGCCCUAAAAAUAGUACAACAGAAGGGAUAUAGCAGAAUUAAUUUAAUUAGCAAAAUAGUGGGAAUAUGUGCCUUCCCCAUUUUCAGUGGCCUUUUCCUUAGUUGUAAAUCAUAAUCACAUGGUAUCAGUAAGUAUUCAUAGUGAGGUCUAUUAGGGGAAAAUGCAGAAUUCUUAUUGUAGACAGUAACUUUUUCAAACAAUAUUAGUAA